AGGCAUAAGGAAGUCCUGUGGAAGAUCCAGUUUGGACUUGCAGUGAUACCGGGAGCUGCAUUAUUUUUUCGAGUAUAAAUAUUGGAUGAAGUUCUAGGAAUAAUCAUAGUUUCUUUGAAUCUCGAGAGGAAAACAUCAUCCAAAGCAAUCAUGAAGUGCAUCGCUGCUGUAGUCAUGAUGGCGCUCGCCGUUGUUGCCGAGGCAGGUCUCGCUCCCCUACAGUACAAUUAUCUGUACCCUUAUUCAGGUCAUACGACCGUCGUCCAGCAAACCGAAGCCGAACCGACAAAGAUCAUUGAAGCGCCUUUACCCGUGUUCUAUGACUAUGCUGCUCCGUAUCCUUACUAUCCUUACGCUCGGAUCUCGCAGCAGCCAGGUGCGAUUUACUUGCUGCAAAAAGAAGCUCGCUAUCUGGCUGCCAACCGUGGGGCUGCCCACGACGCUCCUCUUCCGGGACACGAAUACUCCCAAAUACAGCUCAAUUUGGAACCAGCAGCGGGAACUAUCUAAGCCGUUCCUCUCUCCAAUUUGGAUAUGCAAUGUGAUAACAAAAUCAGAAUAAACACACAUUCAGGAUGGUA